CAAUGAUCAUAAACUCCUGGAAUAAAAUGGACUUUCUGAACUUCUCCCAGAACAGCAGCUCAGUCCUCCAUAAUCUUCGUGAACAUUUGAACCAAUAUUACGUGUACACGGAGAUCCCUGCAGUGGUACACUUAUUUAAUCAUUACAUUGUACCUGCGACAUGUUUGUUUGGCGUCCUUGGUAACCUACUUCUGCUCCUCUACUUCCUGCGCGCCUCGGUCAGGUUACAGCCCUGCAGCCAGUACUGGACGGCGCUGGUUUGCGUGGACACCUUGUUUCUGAUCACCAAACUCCUGCUGUCUUCGAUGACCAGGUUCACGUUGCUGAGGUCAAGGCUAAGCUGCCAGUUAAUCAUAUACUUGUCUUAUAACAGCAGUUUCCUGUCGGCUUGGUUCGUCGUCUUCAUGAUGGCGGAAAAGACUAUUGUCGUCUGCGUGCCUCUGAGAGCUUCCAGGGUCUGCACUCGUAAGAAGUCCAUUCUGGUCAUGAUCAGCGCUUCCGCGUUGUCUAUGAUCCUGUAUUCUUACAGUUUUUUCACCAUUGGUCACUACGAAGGGGAGUGUGUGGUCAGUUCAUACUGGUAUAAUUUUCUGACCAUUGUUACGUACUUGGAUUCGUGCAUCGUUUUUGUGGUUCCUUUUGUAGGAGUCGUGGCUCUCAACGCAACGAUCAUACUUGUUCUUCGAGGUAUGAGGCUUCAUCAUAAUGUCUAUAACAGAAAUCAGGAAAUGGCUAUUAGAAGGCCGAGUCUUUUACAGAAUUGUGAUCUCAACAAAUGCAGCCGUCAAGAUGAAUUUGUCGAGUUACAGAGAUGCAGCUCGCAGAAUGGAGAAAGAGACAGCUCGGAGUAUGAGCUGGUAAGCAGCUUGGAAUGUGUACAAAGUCACAGUGAGGAAAGAAGCACGUCGGUACAUGCGCAGAGACACAUUUCCAGCCCUGAAAGGAGACAUCCCGCUUCGCACGGAAAAAGACGCAGCUCGAAACACGGGCUUCGUUUUCACAAUUCUACCAACACAUUAAACAGAGCUCAAAUCAAAUCCACAAAAAUCCUGGUUUUGGUGUCUACAAUCUUCAUCAUUCUCCACCUUCCGAGCUACGCUGUUAGGCUUUACGGCAUGGUGUUGGAGUUUUCCGAAGACCUUAUGGACACCAUGUCCGACUACGGACUCUACGCCAUCCAGAGCGUUGUCCAGUUCCUGUACUGUUUAAAAUUUGGUGUGGGAUCUGUCGUGUACUUCAUUGCUACUUCCAGAAUGGGAAGACGAAGGGCGAGAGUUUUGUACAACUGUAAGAGAAACUGUUAGAUAUUAGAAGUAUUUGAAUGAAUCUAAACACUAAAUGAAUUCCAGGGGUGACUAACUUUCAAAAUUUCGCUAAAUGUAAUUUG